GGCCAGAUGCACAACUCUGGAUUAUAUCAGGAUCCGUCAACCAGCGAGGAGGAGUCUGUUGAGUAUGUGGUAAUCAACUAUCCUGGAAUUGUAAAAAAUGUACAGAAAGCUAUUGACUCUCUUGGCGGGGAACGAAUUAUCAACAUGGCACAUGCUGCUCAUCGACCUUUAGAACUUCGGUACAGGCCCGAUAACGUGUAUGCUAAUCCUAUGAUAUCUGAACGCCAAACAGUUGAGAAGUCUUCGGGCACGGGAACGGUUUUUGGAAUUUUGAAAGUUAGAAGGAAAAAGAGAUCGCCGCAAGUCGCAGAGGCUAAGAUUACUGGUAUAGUGAAUACCGUAUACUGUUUUAAAGCGAUGUGUGACUUCCAAUAUUUACCACUGCAAAAGAAAGAAGGAAUGGACUCUGUUUUUGAUGAUUUAGCGUUGAGGCUAAUUCCAAACGAUUUACCCAGUGCUUUGUCGUGGUGGGAAACUUGUAGUGGUAGUGAUGAUACGCCCCUGUUCUUGCCUCCUUAUCAAUUUUCAAGGUAUAAUACUCCGUCAAAUAAGAUCCUCUGUAGGGAAACAGACUAUUCGAUAGAAAAGAUCAAGCAAAAGAAUGGCGGUCAUGGACAAAGUUUGCGUUCUGAACGACGGGCGUUGUCAGUUACCGUACAUGCUAAUGACGUCUUUCCAGCUGCACCAUCCGAGGAAGCAAUAGCGGAUGCGAAUCUCAGAUGUAAACAUGAGGGGCCGCAUAAACUGCUAGAAGACUUAUUUAAAGAAAGACCUAUGUGGACCAGGAUUGGUAUUGCCAGUAAAACCGGACUUGAAGCUUGUUUAAUAAAGACACUGAUACAGAAAUUUGCAUUUUAUAUAUCUAGUGGACCUUGGGGGCGUCUGUGGUGCCGGUUUGGCUACGACCCUCGAACAGACCCUGAUGCCAAGAUCUAUCAAACCGUAAUGGUCACUUUCAGACAGCACACGAAGAUUCCUGAAAGAAGACGGCUAAAAGUGGUUAAGAUUACUUCUGAGCGGAGUCUUCCCAUUGCUAUCAAUUGCAACAGUGCCUCUCUUACGCAAGACGCCUCCUCGUUCAACACGGAAGAGCAGCUUAUCGACUACUGGUAUUCUCCAGGUCAGCUACCCAAAGUAAGGCAGAUGUGGUACUGUCUAUGCGAUGUUCGUCUUCCAGAAGCGGAACAAGUCCUGCGCAAGACUUACUUCGCUCAAGGUGAUCGCGCAGACGAGCAGUACGGAUGGUUACCUCCUGAAGCAAUAGAACAAGUCCGAGAGGCAGUGAAAGAAGAUGUCAAAAGAGUGAGCGACCAACUAGAUGACAACGGAGAAGGUGAUGGACUAAUCGAUGCCUUGGAUGAGGAGUGGAAUUCAAAUUAG